AUGCGACCGCCACUAAGCAGCGUCGCCCACCCGCGUGUCCUCGUAGCGACGCUCGGCUUUGCCUUGCCCGCGCCGCUCGCAUCACCGGCCGUCUCGCGCUGCUGCACUAUUGCGCUCUGUGCCGCCACGCCACGCCGUCGCUCGCUAAGCUCCAAGCCCGGGGCGGUACCGCCUGGUGCGCUGCCGCCAUCGCUCACGGCCGACGAGACGAACGUAUACGCGGGAGAAAUCACGGCGCGGGUGCUGAGCGAACGCGAAAAAAAGAUCGUCGCCUACCGGCAGCAGUACAAGUGCGCCGGCUGCGGCUGCCUCCUCCCGCCUACACACCAAAUCGACCACAUCGUGCCGCUGGCGCUCGGUGGCACCAACGGUCUCACCAACCUGCAGGCGCUGUGCGUGCGCUGCCACGUGCGCAAGACGCGCGGCCAGCGGCACGAUAUGCUCUCCUCACGCACCGCGCGCGAGGCGGCCGAGCUCUCGUCGCUGCAGCUGCUGCGCGGCAUGAACCAGCAGCAGCUCGCGGCGGUCGUGUGCGCUGACGGACCCUUACGCGUCGCCGCCGGCCCGGGCACGGGGAAGACGCGGGUGCUCACCGCUCGCAUUGCGCACCUCGUGGAGGAGGCGCGCGUGCCGCCGCAGCGCGUGCUGGCG